AUGUAUUCUGCCAGCCUGUGGGGUUUUAUUUCUAUGCAUUCGGGUAGAGCGGAUAUAAAUAGGUAUUACACACACAGAAGAGCUCAGUACGAGCGUGAGUUUGGGAUAGAACAGGAUCCAGUCAUGGCUGAGGAACAGGUGGGCGGCAAAAGAAAUCAGGAUGAGGAAGAGGGAGAGAUGAUGAGGACUCUUAUCACUACUCAGCCCAGGAUCGCCCAGGCAUUAGAUAGGUUACAAGAUACCUUGGAUCGUUUGGAUAUGGAUGGACACAGAGGUAGGCGUGGUAGGUCACCUUCAGUGGCUGGUAGUCACCGCAGCCAUCAGUCCCAAUCUUCAGUUGGGAGUUCCCAUCAUUCCAGCAGGAGGCACCGCCAUCGUACACCUACUACGAAUAGGCCAUUGCUUCCUCAGUUCGUACCAGGUGAACAACCAGCACAAGUGGAACCACCGGAGGUUGGGUUCCAGGAGUCAGUUUUAGCAGCCACAGCUGAGUGGAGAGCUCUACCCCCUGAGGUUAGGGACGUUUUCCCUCUUCCCCAGUAUUGUGCACAGCGUAGAGAUACAACCAGGUUCAGGGGAGAUCGUGGAGACACUAGCGCACGGGCGUGGGUCCACAAGCUGGACAUAUAUCUUUCAUUGAGGCCCAUGCCUGAGCGUGAGGCUAUUCAGUUUGCUGAUCACACCUUAGUUCACUCCUAUACUGAGUUCACUGAGCGUCUCAUUGCACGGUUUGACCGUAAGGAUACAGAACUUUAUUACAGGGAGUUGGCUCACCUUAGACAAACCGGUCAUGCAGAAGCCUAUAUUAAUGAGUUCCAACGUAUUGCAGUGAUGGUACCGGAUAUGCCCCAGAGACGUAGUGUGAUGUUGUUCAUUGAGGGCUUGCAGGAUAGGCUAAAGGGACUAGUGCGUGCUUUCCAACCAGCAACUCUUAAGGAGGCUAUUGAGGUGACAUUGAGACUAGAUACUGUUCCCACUUCUUAUCAGGCAGAUAAGAAACCAUUUAGAGAUUCACGGCCUGCACAGAAGGCCAAUACGUCCCAGAACAAAGAAGGGACUUCAGCGAAAACCCCUUGGAUGAAUCAGGAAACGAGGAAUGAAUUGAGGAGGAAAAAGUUAUGUUUUUCCUGCAAGGAACCUUGGGAACCAGGACACCGUUGCAUGGGAGAUGAGGAGGUUCUUGAUACUGAUAUUGAGGAUGAUACAGAGGAUGUUGAGCAGGUUCAGACACAGUUGGAGCUAGACAUCCCUGAGCCGUUGGCGUCAGCCAAAGUAGCUAUGGCUACUCUCUCCAGUUAUCCUAAGUUUCAUGCCUUCCGGUUGAAAGGUACACUUAAGGGUAAGCGGGUCACCAGCUUGGUAGACACAGGUGCUACGCAUAACUUUAUUGAUCAGAAAUUAGUUGAGAGGCGUGGCUUGCAGUAUGAGGAGUUUGAGGAUUAUGAUGUGGUUUUGGGCAUGCAGUGGUUACAGGGUAUUGGGCGUUACAUUAUUGAUCACCACCGUAUGCAGUUGGAGUUUCUGUCUGGAGGGAAGAAAGUGAUUUUGAGGGCAGCUUCAGAUGGUGGACCUAGGGAAGUGACUUCUCGCAGGAUGGAGACUAUCCUCAGGCAUAAUGAUGUACUCUGGGCUACGCAUUGUUUGGUUAAGUCCAAAACACCCACACCCCAGGAUGGCCGUGUGUUUCAUGUGGACAUUCAGUCAGUGAUGGAUCGUCAUGGUAGAGUAUUUGGUGAUAUACCUCCUGGAGUGCCACCAGAUAGAGGUUUUGAGCAUGGUAUAGAGUUGGAGGAGGGAGCAAAGCCAGUGAUUACUACCCCAUAUCGUCAUCCUAGAGCUUAUAAGGAUGAAAUUGAGAAAACAAUUCAUGAACUAUUAGAUAUGGGUUUCAUUCGGCCGAGUUCUAGCCCGUUUGCUCCUUCCAUUGAUCUUCGUUCACGCUACCAUCAGAUUCGUGUACGCGCUGAGGAUGUACACAAGACUGCUUUCCGUUGUCACUAUGGGCAUUAUGAGUUCCUGGAUCAUCUCAGACAUCUUGAGGAGGUACUUGGCAUAAUGGAGGAUCAGUCUCUAUUUGCUAAGCUUUCCAAAUGUGAGUUUGGAUUGAGGGAGGUGUUAUAUUUGGGACAUGUGAUCAGUGCCGAUGGAGUGAAGGUGCAUGAGGAGAAGAUUCAGGCAGUUCAGAAUUGGCCCGUCCCUCAGAACAUUACGGAGUUACGUGGAUUCCUUGGAUUGUGUGCUUAUUAUAGGAGAUUUGUGAAGGGGUUCUCUCAGUUGGCAGCACCUUUGACAGAUCUUACAAAAAAGGGGGCCUUCAGAUGGACAGAACAAGUGCAGGGGGUCUUUGAUAGACUCAAGGAGGUGAUGAGCACUUGUCCUGUCUUGGCACUACCUGAUUUCUCGCAGCCCUUUGUUCUAGAGUGUGAUGCCUCAGGAUUUGGUAUAGGAGCCGUGUUGAUGCAGAACAAACAUCCCAUUGCCUAUGAGAGCAGAAAGUUGCAAACUAAUGAGAGGUUGUACUCUACCUACGACAAGGAAAUGUUGGCUAUCAUGCAUGCGUUAGCCAAAUUCAGACAGUAUCUUGUUGGCAGCAAAUUUGUGGUAAGAACUGAUCACAACAGUCUGAAAUACUUCCUAAAUCAAACAGAGCUUAAUGAUAGACAACAAAAAUGGAUUAGCAAAAUUCAGGCUUAUGACUUCGAUAUCGAAUUCAUAAAGGGGAAGAAUAAUACUGUGGCUGAUGCACUCUCUAGGAAACCUUCAUUGGCUGCCCUUUGCUCAUUGAGCGAGAUUUCAGCAGAUUGGAAGGCUCAACUCUUAGUUGAGUAUUCCAAGGAUCAGCAUGCUUGUGAGAUCAUGGAUGGUUUGAUAGUGGAUGACAGAUAUAGUGUGGUAGAUGAUAUUAUCUACUACAAGGGUAGGGUUUAUCUUGUUCCGAGUUCUCAGUUGAAGGAACAAAUUUUGCAUGCUCUCCAUGAUACUCCUACAGCAGGACAUCCAGGAUAUGGUAAGACUUACAGGGCGGUUCGUGAGAGAUUCUCUUGGAAGGGUCUCAAAGAUGAUGUUUUACGCCAUGUCCGUGAGUGUAUGACUUGUCAGCAGAACAAGUCGGAGCAUACCUACCCAGCGGGGUUGUUGCAACCCUUACCUAUACCGGAACAGAAGUGGACAGGGAUCUCAAUGGAUUUCAUUACAGGUCUUCCUCGGGUUCAGGGGAAAGAUUGUAUUUAUGUUGUUGUGGAUAGGCUAACAAAGUAUGCCCACUUCUUUCCCAUUGCACUGGAUUUCACAGCAUCACAGGUGGCUGAGUUAUUUUUCAGGGAGGUAUUUAGACUCCAUGGUCUUCCCAAGACCAUUGUGAGUGACAGGGACAGCAGGUUCAUGAGUUCCUUUUGGCAGGAACUUUUCAGGCUUACAGGCACUAAGUUGACACCUAGUACUAGUUACCACCCUCAAACUGAUGGACAGACCGAGAUAGUCAACAAGUGGGUUGAGGGAUAUUUGCGUAACUAUGUGUCAGGGCAACAAAAAGCAUGGGUACGUUGGUUGUAUUUGGGUGAGUAUUGUUAUAAUACCACUCACCAUAUGUCCAUUGGCAUGACGCCUUUCAGAGCUCUCUAUGGAUAUGAGGCAUUAUCUUUCACUGAUUUGGCAGUUAGUGAUAGUAGAGUUCCUUUGGCUCAGGAUUGGUUACAGGAGAACCAGGAUGUCAUGAGAUCUCUCAGGGAGAAUUUACAGCAGGCCCAGAAUCAGCAAAAGAUGUACGCAGACAGGCACAGGAUUGAGAGAGCAUUUGAGGUGGAUGAUAUGGUCUUUCUGCGCUUACAACCAUAUCGGCAGAGCACCCUAAAAAGGGGGGGAGCUGAGAAGCUCAAACCACGUUUUUAUGGUCCAUACAGGGCACUUGGACAGCAUAUUACAGUUUCACCCGAGUUACCUCCUAUGGAUGAGGAGGGUAAAUUGAUUUUGGUUCCUGAUGAGAUUCUUGAGGUGAGGGAACGACGGCUGAGAAGCCGGGUGAUUCGAGAGUAUUUGGUGGCAAUUGAAACACACGUACGAAGGGAAGCCACCACCGAGGAUGUUCCAGAGGACGCUGUGUGGAGUGCGCUUGGUGUAAGCCUGGCGGUAAAUCGUUUGAUGAGCAACUUGCCCAACCUUCUGGCACUGGCAUUUUUGGCUUUCCAAAACCGAAGGGAAGACACCUAUUGGGAGAACCGAUGCCAGCAAAUCCUACGGGAGUUUCACGAGCGCCAAGAGGAGCGCAAUGAAACCGAGCGAGGGGACAAAAACAAGAAGGAAUACAUAGGGGACUCUGAAGCCACUCAACGAGCAUUAAUUCUCAAGCAACAAGCAAAACGGAGAAGAAGAUUCGAGAGGAUUGCCGAGGAAGGAAGCAGCAGAAAUGGCAGCAAUGGCUUUGGCGAGGGCCAAGUUUCUACACUAAUAGAAACCACUAGGAAACGGUUGGAGGACCUUUCCCUAACAUUGGAGGAGAUCGGUGAUGGGAGUACGAUAGAAUCGUACACGCCAUACAAAGGUGCCGAGACCAGGAGGGAAGACGUGACAGAGACCGAGAAUAGAGAGGCGGAGGAUACCGGUGCGACCAAAGGUGUCGGGAGGACACAAGGUCACGAUAGUAGAAGCAAUCUGUUCGAUGCAGGCUAA